UGCUCGCUGCGCUGUUGCUGCCGCUGCAGCUGCCGCUGCUGCGCCGGCUCCGACCUUGGCGCGGCCCCGCCGGGGAGGCCGGAGGGAGGAGCCCGGGCGCCGCGCAACGAGCCCCGAGCCGCGGCGCAGAGCCCGCAGCAGCCCCGGCCGGCCCCUUCCUCGCUCUUCUCUCCCGCGGCUCACCUGGAGCCGGGCCCGGUGACAGGGAGACAUGACCUCGCCCCCGUGAUCAACCCCUCACCUCGCUCGCGCCACCGGCAGGAUGCAGCUGUGGAAGGCGGUGGUGGUGACCUUGGCCUUCAUGAGCGUGGACGUCGCAGUGACCACGGCCAUCUACCUACUCAGCCACCCCGACCGCAGCCUGCUGGAGGACAUCCGCCACUUCAACGUCUUCGACUCUGUGUUGGACCUGUGGGCCGCCUGCCUGUACCGCAGCUGCCUGCUGCUGGGCGCAACCAUCGGGGUGGCCAAGAACAGUGCCCUGGGCCCUCGGCGACUGCGGGCAUCACGGGCCGUCAUCGCCCUGGUGUGCCUCUUUGUGGGUGUCUAUGCCAUGGUCAAGCUGCUGCUCUUCUCUGAGGUGCGCCGGCCCGUGAGGGACCCCUGGUUCUGGGCCCUCUUCGUCUGGACCUACGUGUCGCUGGCUGCCUCCUUCCUGCUUUGGAGGCUGCUGGCCACGGUGCGGCCACAUGCCAAGGCACUGGAGCGGGGUGCGGGUGCCGAGGCUGAGGCCUUCCCUACGGAGGGCCAGGCCCUGCCUGAGCAGGCGUCAGGGGCCACUCUGCAGAAGCUGCUGUCUUACACCAAGCCUGAUGUGGCCUUCCUCGUGGCUGCCUCCUUCUUCCUCAUAGUGGCCGCUCUGGGGGAGACUUUCCUCCCCUACUACACAGGCCGUGCCAUCGACGGCAUCGUCAUCCAGAAGAGCAUGGAGCAGUUCAGCACGGCCGUCCUGGGCAUGUGCCUUCUGGCAGUUGGCAGCUCGUUUGCCGCAGGUAUUCGGGGCGGCAUUUUUACCCUCAUAUUUGCCAGACUGAACAUUCGCCUGCGAAACCGGCUCUUCCGCUCACUGGUGGCCCAGGAAACCAGCUUCUUUGAUGAAAACCGAACAGGUGACCUCAUCUCCCGCCUCACCUCGGACACCACCAUGGUGAGUGACCUGGUAUCCCAAAACAUCAACAUCUUCCUGCGGAACACGGUCAAGGUGACGGGCGUGGUGGUCUUCAUGUUCAGCCUGUCCUGGCAACUCUCCUUGGUCACCUUCAUGGGCUUCCCCAUCAUCAUGAUGGUGUCCGACACCUACGGCAAGUACUACAAGAGACUCUCCAAGGAGGUGCAGAGCGCGCUGGCCCGGGCCAGCUCCACGGCCGAGGAGACCAUCAGCGCCAUGAAGACGGUGCGCAGCUUCGCCAACGAGGACCAGGAGGCCGAGGCCUUCUCACGGCGGCUGCAGCAGGUUUAUGCGCUCAAUCGCAAGGAGGCGGCCGCCUAUACCUGCUACGUCUGGGGCAGUGGGCUCACGCUGCUGGUGGUCCAGGUGAGCAUCCUCUACUACGGGGGACAUCUGGUCAUCUCAGGCCAGAUGAGCAGCGGGAACCUUAUCUCCUUCAUCAUCUACGAGUUCGUGCUGGGGGACUGCAUGGAGUCCGUGGGCUCCGUGUACAGCGGCCUCAUGCAAGGGGUGGGAGCGGCCGAGAAGGUUUUCGAAUUCAUCGACCGGCAGCCCACCAUGGUGCACGAUGGGGACUUGGCCCCCGACCACCUGGAAGGCCGAGUGGACUUUGAGGAUGUGACCUUCACCUACCGCACCCGGCCCCACACCCAAGUGCUGCAGAAUGUGUCGUUCAGCUUGUCCCCGGGGAAGGUGACAGCUCUUGUGGGGCCGUCGGGCAGUGGCAAGAGUUCGUGUGUCAACAUCUUGGAGAACUUCUACCCGCUGGAGGGCGGCCGUGUGCUGCUGGACGGGAAGCCCAUCAGCGCCUAUGACCACAAAUACCUGCACCGAGUGAUCUCCCUGGUGAGCCAGGAGCCAGUGCUGUUCGCCCGCUCGAUCACGGACAACAUCUCCUAUGGGCUGCCCGCUGUGCCCUUUGAGAUGGUGGUGGAGGCCGCACAGAAGGCCAAUGCACAUGGCUUCAUCAUGGAGCUGCAAGACGGCUACAACACAGAGACGGGUGAGAAGGGGGCACAGCUGUCAGGCGGGCAGAAGCAACGUGUGGCCAUGGCGCGGGCUCUGGUACGGAACCCGUCUGUCCUCAUCCUGGAUGAAGCCACCAGUGCACUGGAUGCUGAGAGCGAGUACCUGAUCCAGCAAGCCAUCCACGGCAACCUGCAGAGACACACUGUGCUGAUCGUGGCUCACCGGCUGAGCACCGUGGAGCGAGCACACCUCAUUGUGGUGCUGGACAAGGGUCGUGUGGUGCAGCAGGGCACACACCAGCAGCUGCUGGCCCAGGGCGGCCUCUACGCCAAGCUGGUGCAGCGGCAGAUCCUGUCACUCGAACCCACGGCCGGAUACCAGGAAAUGCCAGGCAGUGGAGGCCCCAAGGCCUGAGCCUGUCCCUGAGGCUGAGCCAUGCGCCCACCCGAGGUCUGUCUGUGGGGGGACCCCUGCCGCCCUCCAGCCCAGACCCUGCCAGAACCUGGCGUGCCGUCUGCCACGUCCGGGCGGGGAGGUUCACAGCUUUUGCUUUCUGCCCCUGUUCCCACCUGCCCCUGGGCCCACACCCCCAUCAUGGGCAGCAGCAUCCCAGGGCUCCCUAAACCCCCCAGGCUUUGAAAAGUGAGAUUUCACCAGGUGUUUCCCCGCUUGGUUCCGUGGCUCCAUUCAGGCCUCAGUUUCAAACAUGUUUUUCUAAUCAUGGAGGACAAGUCCACGGAGACGUUCUAGAAACUUCGGAGGCCUGAGGACAGCUCCCCCCAUCUUCCCCAGAGUAGGUGUGGCUGGGGGGCUCAGGGGCAC